AGCUCCUCCCAUUACUCGAGACAAGCCUUGACGCCUCAGCACAUUUCAUACCAUCACUACUUUGUCGUUUGUUUCAUGCAAUCUUUUGUUAUUGAGAACAAACACAUCUCGUACAAUUGCUACUUUGUCGUUUGUGUCGCCCAAUCUUUGUUAUUGAGAACAAGUUUAUGUGAAAUAAAUACUUUAAUUCGCACCAGUUCCCAGUUAUGCCCACCGUAAAAAUAAUGGUCCUUCUUGUGUCAAUCGAUUGUUAAUCCUUGACAUUCAAUUUGCUGCUUUUACUUUCAUUUGAAUGUUUCAUAGUCAUGGUCAAAAAGUGUUACUCAUUCAAUUAUUUAAUGAUCCACCACUGUUUACCGCUCAGACUUCAAAUCGAGACAUUGAUGGAUUAUCAUACCUAAUUGGCCUCGAGCUGGAAUUGUGCAGUAUGAGUCAACAAAAAGUAACCAGGGAGGUUGAAUGGCUUGAGGCUGAUGUAACUAGGCUACCUUAGAAAUCACAAAUCAAGUCAAACAUGCCAUGAUAAUUAAAUCGUACAUCGUCUGCUUUCAGCGCAUAGAAAGUUGGGUAUUUAAGAUAACAAAAGUUGAAAGAGUUGGGCCAGGCAGCAGCUGAUGAAAAAUCCUCUCUUAAAGAAAAUAAAUUUGUAUGGUAUCUGUAAUCCUUAAGAACCUUCACAAGAUGGGCAGGUGUACUGUAUGUAAGACGUGUAACAUGAGAAGAUGCAUCAGUUGCGUGUCGCAUUUCACAGCACAUCCACUCAGUGCUGGUUACUAACAACAACCAUUGUCAGAGGUCAGACUCGUGUGAGCUUUUCUGCACUCCUCCUCCAAUAGUGUUUGCUUCUUCAGCUCCUUCGGUUGCCACAACACGCCAAGUUGUUGCUGAGCAACACCGCAAUAUAAAACGCCGUCCUGCUUUUGGACCGCACAACAUCCCCAAGCUCUCAUUUCAGGUGAACAAGAGACAUCUUCAAGAGUCAUGCGUGAAUGCAUCUCUGUCCACGUCGGCCAGGCUGGAGCCCAGAUCGGCAAUGCAUGCUGGGAGCUGUACUGUCUUGAGCAUGGAAUCCAGCCAGAUGGGCAAAUGCCCAGUGAUAAAACCAUCGGAGGAGGAGAUGACUCCUUCAACACCUUCUUCAGCGAGACUGGAGCUGGCAAACAUGUGCCCAGGGCAGUUUUUGUGGACUUGGAGCCCACAGUCAUUGAUGAAGUGCGCACAGGAACCUAUCGCCAGCUCUUUCAUCCUGAGCAGCUAAUCACGGGGAAGGAAGAUGCAGCCAACAACUACGCCCGUGGUCACUACACUAUUGGCAAAGAGAUCAUUGACCUGGUUCUGGACAGGGUUCGAAAACUGGCGGACCAAUGCACUGGCCUUCAAGGUUUUCUUAUCUUCCAUUCCUUCGGAGGAGGAACUGGUUCUGGGUUCACCUCUCUACUGAUGGAGCGUCUCUCAGUUGACUACGGCAAGAAAUCCAAACUGGAGUUUGCCAUUUACCCGGCUCCUCAGGUGUCAACUGCUGUGGUGGAGCCCUACAAUUCAAUUCUGACCACUCACACCACCCUGGAGCACUCGGAUUGCGCCUUCAUGGUGGAUAACGAGGCCAUCUACGAUAUCUGCCGCAGGAACCUCGAUAUUGAGCGUCCCACCUACACCAACCUCAAUAGGCUGAUUGGUCAGAUCGUAUCAUCCAUCACAGCUUCUCUGCGCUUCGAUGGCGCUCUCAAUGUGGACUUGACAGAGUUUCAGACCAACCUAGUACCGUACCCACGCAUCCACUUCCCCUUGGCAACGUACGCCCCCGUCAUCUCGGCAGAGAAGGCGUACCACGAGCAACUGUCCGUUGCAGAGAUCACCAACGCCUGUUUCGAGCCGGCCAAUCAGAUGGUGAAAUGUGAUCCACGCCACGGCAAGUACAUGGCGUGUUGUCUGCUUUACCGUGGCGACGUGGUGCCCAAAGAUGUCAACUCGGCCAUCGCCACCAUCAAAACAAAGCGCACCAUCCAGUUUGUGGAUUGGUGUCCCACCGGUUUUAAGGUGGGAAUCAACUACCAGCCCCCUACUGUGGUUCCUGGGGGAGAUCUGGCCAAGGUCCAGAGAGCCGUUUGCAUGCUUAGCAACACCACCGCCAUUGCCGAGGCCUGGGCCAGACUGGACCACAAGUUCGACCUGAUGUAUGCCAAGAGGGCCUUUGUGCACUGGUACGUUGGCGAAGGAAUGGAAGAGGGAGAGUUCUCCGAGGCUAGAGAGGACAUGGCCGCUCUGGAGAAGGAUUAUGAAGAGGUGGGCACGGACACCAUCGGGGAUGAAGAAGAGGAGGAAGGGGAAGAGUAUUGAAAAAGCAACACUGUUUCCCGAGUCAACGUUCUCAGGAUUCCGUUUCAUGUGACGCGAUUCUUUUUAUCCAUAUACUUUGUAUCUUGCACAAAGGGUGUCGAGAGUAAAUGUUCAACUGCUGUAAAAUGUGAAAUCAUGCCUAUUCUGCUCUUACCCUAUUGCAAGGUUUAAUAACAAGCUCACACCACAACUCCGGUGAACCAGCAAGUCUGUUGCUGGAUGACCCACAUAAGAAAAUUGUUAAAUAAAUUGGUUUGUUUUCAUCCUGCGCCCAUCUUUAUUCA